GUCUGAACUCCAACUGAACGCAAGCUACAAGAAGAUCUAACAUUUUUAUAUGCAAACACUUGAUUAAUUCGCGCAUCGACUCAUUGGGCAUGGCAGAGCCACGGUUUAAUAACCCAUACUUCUGGCCUCCACCGCCUGCAAUGCCUGGUCAGCUCGACAACCUUGUUCUAAUCAACAAGAUCAAAGAGCAGCUGAUGGCAGAGAAGAUCAGACCACCACACUUACCCCCCACAUCAAUCCAAUCCCAACAGCCACUGCUGGUCCCACCAACACUUACUGAAGGUGGUCAGCAUGCCAUGGCAGUGUCUAAACUUCAGCAGAUGCCAGGGCUCUCUCCUCAUAGCCCUACACAGCCUGAUGUUGCCCUGCAUGCCAGACCAGCCUCAAGCUCAGUCACAGGACGUAUUCUCGGAGAUGUAAACUUGAAUCUGGAUGACAAGGCUGCCUUAAAAGCUAGAGGACUCUGGGAGGACUGGCAUUUACGACAGAUUAUAGACCAGCCGUCAAGAGCAAACCAUCUGUCAGCACUGUCCUCUCGUAACCAGAACCAGAACAGCUCAGACUCUGGUAGCCCUGCCACUCUGACAUCUAACACCAGCACCAUAAGCCAAGCGCGCCAUGGAGCAACUUUCUCCACAAACCUCGCCUCAGGACUGCCCAGUGCCUCAGGUACAGAAUCAUUCAAACACAGUGUUGGGCUGACGGGACUGCUGGGACCACCUCCUAAAACUGGAGGACGAGGCCGCAAGAAGAUCAAAGCAGAAAACACCUCCGGUCCUUUGCUGGUUGUACCCUACCCCAUCCUGGCUUCAGGAGCCGACCAAUCAUCUGUAACCAUUACUGCCAAAGAGGGCAAAAUGUACAGGUGUAAAGUGUGCCCACUCACAUUUUUUUCCAAAUCAGACAUGCAAAUCCACUCAAAGUCUCACACUGAGGCUAAGCCACACAAAUGCCCUCACUGCACGAAGUCGUUCGCCAACGCCUCCUACCUGGCACAGCAUUUACGCAUUCAUCUGGGAGUGAAACCUUAUCACUGCUCGUACUGUGAGAAAUCCUUCCGCCAGCUCUCACACCUACAGCAACACACUAGAAUUCACACAGGAGAUCGACCUUAUAAAUGUGUUCAACCAGGCUGUGAUAAAGCCUUCACACAACUCUCCAAUCUACAAUCUCACCAGAGAUCCCACAAUAAAGACAAGCCAUACAAGUGCUCCAACUGCUACCGAGCUUACUCCGACUCUGCCUCACUGCAGAUCCACCUAGCAGCUCACGCCAUCAAAAAUGCAAAAGCUUACUGCUGCAGCAUGUGUGGGAGAGCCUACACCUCAGAGACCUACCUGAUGAAGCACAUGUCUAAACACACAGUAGUGGAGCACCUGGUGACCCAGCACUCCCCACCGAGAACUGAGUCGCCCAACAUCCCCAUACGUAUCUCCCUCAUCUGAACCGGUCAGUCCCCCACCAUAGCAUAAAAAACAACCCAGUCACCUCAUAUUGGUGGUGCUUUCUUUUACUCAAUCAUUCCUUUAUUCUGGGAUACAUUCCAAAAUGUAUUACCUGCCUCUCAGUAACAGAGGCCAGGUCGAUUUUUAAAGAUUUUAUUUACACAAAUGCUCUCUUCAGCUCGAUCCGAGUUUGAGACAAGAGAACAUUAGGGACAUCCAAAGACAGUUUUGCAGCACUUUGAGGCCUUGUGGCUAAAAAUAUUGAGUCUGUUUAGACAGUAAAUGCUUAGUUCUUGGCAGCUAAAUAUUUGGACGAUGUUAUGCAGUUAAAAACUGUCGUUUACAUUCCGUUCUGUCCUAUUAUUAUAUCCAGUGAAACUCAAGCUGAGACCUACUAUAUUUCAAGCAUGGACCAAGUCCAACCCUUGUUUCUUUUCUUUUUGGUAUCUUGUGUCUUUUUAUUAGUGAAUUCUUGAUCAGAAAUGUGUAUUCGGUCAAGAAACUCAUUCCUUUUUGUGUGUUAUACUUUGGUAUGCAUUUCUGAAUGUUAUAUUUUCUUUUAUUUUUUAUGUAAAUGUACUGCAGUGUAAUGCAAUACAAAGCUACACUUUUCGAGAGUUGAUUAACGUGCCAAAAACAAAAUACACAAGAACGUAAUACGCUGGUAUCUCAACUCUGGUGUACAUAAACCCGUACACACAUUGACACUGCCAUGUAUAAACUGAAUAUUAUUUGACAUGUUAUUUUAAGCUACAGAGUGCUGUACGGUGCUGUGCAAAAGUUUUAAGCCAACUAUUUAUCUGGAGUGUUUAUUUGUAAGUAAAGCGUUAUAUAACGUUAAAAUAAGGGUGAAAUGGAGGCACUUGGAUGGCACAACAGUCUGUUACACUAGCCCACCACUGCUGAGAUCCGGAUUCCAAUCUCAGUGGUGCUGUUGGCCAGCCUGGUGUCUGGCUAGCAGACUGGCUAUGUCUGAGGAGGGGUGUUUCCAAAGUCCAUGCACCCAGUUUUCCCAGUGGAACUGGGCCUAUAUAUAUUUUAUAUAUAUAUUGAUAUAUAUCAAUAAGGCAGAAAUAAAGCACAGCAUCAUUGGUCAUUCUGUUAAAAUAAAACAAUCAACAGAAGGUGGUGGGCGGUGUAAUGGAGCCCAGUAGGAAGCAGAGGAUUGUUUUUGUUUCUGGAUUGUGCUGUUUCUGGGUCUGUUCACAACCCACCAUGUAAAUUUUGCACACUUUUUACGCCAGGUGCCCUUCCUAAUAGGGCAACCCUAUUUACCCGGGCUUUGGAUGGUGCUAAGAGUGCUCUGAUAUGUGUCCCCACCAUGACCCUAAUCAGGAAAAAUUGUAAAAUGUAGUUGUAUCGGUUUUUUUUUCUUUAUGCUAAAAAGUUCCAGAUGAAUAGCUUUAAAUGUGUUUUUCUCAGGUGGCCUAACACUUUUGCAUAGUGUUGUAUGUUUAACAUAAAAGGUCAGUAAUUGGUCAGUGGUCCUGUGUACAUAUGUCUGUUUAAACUUCUUCUGUUCUUAUCACUCAUGUAUUACCAUGUCUAAGUAUUAAUAAAUGCUAUUAUAUACAUUUCUAUACAGUCAAGCCUUAAAUAUUUUAUCACUAAUAGUUUAUCAUUACAUUUUAUACUCAAGUUUACCAUAUUGGUGUUCUCAUUGUACUCAGUACUGUAUGCUUUUUCUUUUUUCAGCAUGAAUAUUCUGUAAAUAAACUAUAAAAUAAGUAACUGUAACCCAUUAAUAUCAAAUCUAGUUAUUUCAAAUGUUUUUUUUUUUUGUCUUGCAUUGUGGUACGCUAAAUACAAGGUUGCCUUGGCUGCUAUAUGCAAAGUCAAGACUUAGAACGGUCUUAUAAGAAAAUAAAUUUUAAAAAAGUCUGAA